CAUCUCAGAUUUUUUUUAACCUGGAUGUGACGCAUUAAAGGACCCGACGGAAAUAGAACUGAAGGCGUUCUAAAAUGGCGAACCGUACGGUGAAAGAUGCGCACAGCAUCCACGGCACCAAUCCUCAGUAUCUGGUGGAGAAGAUCAUUCGGACGCGAAUCUAUGAGUCUAAGUACUGGAAAGAGGAGUGCUUUGGACUGACGGCUGAACUUGUAGUCGAUAAAGCCAUGGAGUUAAGGUUUGUGGGUGGUGUCUAUGGUGGCAACAUAAAGCCAACUCCCUUUCUGUGUUUGACCUUGAAGAUGCUUCAGAUUCAACCUGAGAAGGAUAUCAUUGUAGAGUUUAUCAAAAAUGAAGAUUUCAAGUAUGUCCGCAUGUUGGGAGCACUUUACAUGAGGCUGACAGGCACUGCAAUUGAUUGCUACAAGUACUUAGAGCCUCUCUACAACGACUAUCGAAAAAUCAAGAGCCAGAAUCGAAAUGGGGAGUUUGAACUGAUGCAUGUAGAUGAGUUUAUUGAUGAACUGCUGCACAGUGAGAGAGUCUGUGAUAUCAUUCUUCCCCGGCUACAGAAACGCUAUGUGCUAGAGGAAGCUGAGCAGCUAGAGCCUCGGGUUAGCGCGCUAGAAGAGGACAUGGAUGACGUGGAGUCCAGUGAAGAGGAGGAAGAGGAGGAUGAGAAGUUGGAGAGAGUCCCAUCACCUGAUCACCGCCGGAGAAGCUACCGAGACUUGGACAAGCCCCGUCGUUCUCCCACAUUGCGCUAUAGAAGGAGUAGGAGCCGGUCUCCCAGAAGGCGGAGUCGGUCUCCUAAAAGGAGGAGCCCCUCCCCUCGCCGAGAAAGGCAUCGGAGCAAAAGCCCAAGACGUCACCGCAGCAGAUCUCGAGACAGACGGCACAGAUCCCGCUCCAAGUCCCCAGGUCAUCACCGUAGUCACAGACACAGAAGCCACUCAAAAUCUCCUGAAAGAUCUAAGAAAAGCCACAAGAAGAGCCGGAGAGGGAAUGAGUAAUGGACUCAGUUUGGUUUUAGUCCAAAUGGCCACCUGUGGAUCCGAAGGCAUCUAUGUGGAAGGGCCAGGCAGCUAUGAGAAUAUUUUAGCUCUUUUUAA